AUGUCUGCAGACAUCGAAAGUGUGGUUUUGGAAAAGAUCCGUAUCAGUGAGAAAUUUGCAUUGCAACUUGACGAGUCUACUGAUAUCAGUGUACAUGCUCAACUCUUAGCUAAUGUGCGUUUUGUUGAUGGUGAUGCAAUUAGAGAAAACUUCUUUUUUUGCAAGGUAUUGCCAGAAAAAAACGACAAGAGAGAAAAUUUUCGGGUCACAUCAGAAUACCUUGAACAAGGAGGACUUAAGUGGGAAAACUGCACAAGUGUCUGCACCGAUGGAGCGGCAGCCAUGGUCGGGCGCACCCAAGGCUUUGUAAGCAGAGUGAAGGAAAGAAAUCCAGAUGUGAUUAUUACGCAUUUUUUUUUACACCGCGAGGCCCUCGUAGCCAAGACUUUACCAUCAGCCUUAGUUCAUGUGUUGGAUGAUGUUGUGCGCAUGGUAAACAUUGUAAAGUCACGACCCAUGAAAAGUCGCAUAUUUGCAAGUUUGUGUGAGGAGAUGGGAGCAAAGCAUAAAACCUUGCUGUUUCAUACGGAGGUCCGGUGGUUAUCGCGUGGCAAGGUCUUGGUUCGUGUGUAUGAGCUGCGGGAGGAACUUAAAGUGUUUCUGACAAAUGAGGGGUCAGAUUACGCAAAGCAGCUUGCAAGUGAUGAGUGGUGUGCAAGGCUGGCAUACCUGGCAGAUAUAUUUCAUCAUCUGAAUGAAUUGAACACCCGAAUGCAAGGCCGAAAUAUAAACCUGCUUACAAGUACAGAUAAAAUAAAUGGAUUCCGUUCAAAGGUGCAACUCUGGCAUCAACACGUGGAAAGUGGCAAUCUUGAAAUGUUCACACUCACCAUGCAAUGGCAAGGUGUUCACACUGCUGCACUGUGUGAGAUAAUAGUUAGGCAUUUAAAAACUCUUGAGGAGAAGUUGUCAUUUUAUUUCUCUUCAGUCUCCACUGAAUGCCUUGACUGGGUUAGGGACCCUUAUAGCUCAGCAUCAGUUGUUGGAAAGGAAAUGACUUUACAGGAGCAGGAGGAACUAAUUGAACUGAGACAAAAUCGUGGUUGCAAGCUAAGAUUUGCUGAUCUACCUUUGGACAGUUUUUGGUUGGUUGGAACUGCCAAGGAGUUUCCCCUUCUGGCAAACAAAGCUAUUUUGACAUUGCUCCCUUUUUCCACUACAUAUCUGUGUGAGAUUAGCUUUUCAAGCAUGAUUGCUAUGAAAACCAAAUACAGAGAGAGCGACUGA